AUGGCCGCGCCUGGCGAGCCCUGCUCGGGCCCGGAGGUCUGGAACCAGACGGAGCCCCAGCCCGCCGCUGCCCGCCUGCUGAGCCUGUGCUUCCUGAAAACAGCAGGGGUCUGGGUGCCCCCCAUGUACCUCUGGGUCCUUGGCCCCAUCCACCUCCUCUACAUCCACCGCCAUGACAAGGGCUACCUCCAGAUGUCCCGCCUCUUCAAGGCCAAAAUGGUGCUUGGCUUUGCCCUCAUAAUCCUGUGUACCUCCAGCGUGUCUGUGACUCUUUGGAGAAUCCAGCAGGGAACACCCCAGGCCCUAGAGUUCCUCAUACACCCCACCGUGUGGCUCACCACAAUGAGCUUCACCGUGUUCCUGAUCCAUGCUGAGAGGAAGAAGGGGGUCCAGGCGUCCGGGGUGCUCUUUGGGUACUGGCUGCUCUGCUUUAUCUUCCCAGCCACCAGUACCGCCCAGCAGGCCUCGCAAGGGGAUUUCCAGAGUGACCCCUUCCGCCACCUGUCAACCUACCUGUACUUGUCUCUGGUGGUGGCAGAGUUUGUGCUGUCUUGCUUCGCUGAUCAACCCCCCUUCUUCCCUAAAAGGCCCCCGCAGCCUAAUCCAUGUCCAAAGGCUGGGGCCUCCUUCCCCUCCAAGGCCAUGUUCUGGUGGGUUUCUGGGUUAGUUUGGAGGGGCUACUGGAGGCCGCUGGGACCAAAAGACCUCUGGUCUCUUGGGAGAGAAAACUCCUCAGAAGAACUUGUUUCCCAGCUUGAAAAGGAAUGGACAAGGAACCGCAGUGCAGCCCAGCGGCACACCAAGGCGACAACAUUUAAAAGGAAAGGAAACCACGGUGCGGAGACCCCAGAGACGGAGACCCUCCUGCAGCAACAAGGGGGCAAGAGGGGCCCACUGCUGAGGGCCAUCUGGCAGGUGGGCCGCUCCACCUUCCUCCUGGGGACCCUCAGCCUCAUCAUCAGUGAUGUCUUCAGGUUCACGGUGCCCAAGCUCCUCAGCCUCUUCCUGGAGUUUAUUGGUGACCCCAAGACCCCGGCCUGGAAGGGCUAUCUUCUCGCCAUGCUGAUGUUCCUCUCCGCCUGCCUGCAAACACUGUUCGAGCAGCAGCACAUGUACAGACUCAAGGUGCUACAGAUGAGGCUGCGAAUGGCCAUCAUGGGCCUGGUGUACAGAAAGGUCCUGGCUCUGUCCAGCAGCUCCAGAAAGGCCAGCGCAGUGGGGGACGUGGUCAACCUGGUGUCUGUGGACGUGCAGCGGCUGACCGAGAGCAUCACCUACCUCAACGGGCUGUGGCUGCCGCUCAUCUGGAUCAUCAUCUGCUUUCUCUACCUCUGGCAGCUUCUAGGACCCUCUGCCCUCACCGCCAUCGCUGUCUUCCUGAGCCUUCUCCCUCUGAAUUUCUUCAUCACCAAGAAGAGGAACCACCAUCAGGAAGAGCAAAUGAGGCAGAAGGACUCUCGGGCGCGGCUCACCAGCUGCAUCCUCAGGAACGUGAGGACGGUCAAGUACCUCGGCUGGGAGGGAGCCUUUCUGGACAGAGUCCUGCGCAUCCGGGCCCAGGAGCUGGGCGCCUUGAGGACCUCCAGCCUCCUCUUCUCUGUGUCUCUGGUGUCCUUCCAAGUGUCCACGUUUCUGGUGGCACUGGUUGUGUUUGCUGUCCAUACUCUGGUGGCCGAGGAGAAUGCCAUGGACGCUGAGAAGGCCUUCGUGACGCUCACGGUUCUCAACAUUCUCAACAAGGCCCAGGCGUUCCUGCCCUUCUCCAUCCACUCUGUCGUCCAGGCCCGGGUGUCCUUUGACCGUCUGGCUGCCUUCCUCUGCCUGGAAGAAAUUGACCCUGAGGCCAUAGACUCAAGGUCCUGCAGAUGUGCCACUGGAGAGGAUUACAUCAGAAUACAGGAAGGCACCUUCUCUUGGUCCAAGGAAAGCCCUCCCUGCCUGCACAGGAUCAACCUCACGGUGCCCCAGGGCUGCCUGCUGGCUGUCGUCGGUCCAGUGGGGGCAGGAAAGUCCUCCCUGCUCUCCGCCCUCCUUGGGGAGCUGUCAAAGGUGGAGGGGUCCGUGAGCAUCAAGGGUCCGGUGGCUUACGUGCCGCAGGAGGCCUGGGUCCAGAACAUGUCCGUGGUAGACAACGUGUGCUUCGGGCAGGAGCUGGACCUGCCAUGGCUGAAGAGGGUCCUGGAGGCCUGUGCCCUGUGGCCAGAUGUGGGUAGCUUCCCUGCAGGAGUCCACACCCAAACUGGGGAGCAGGGCAUGAAUCUCUCUGGGGGCCAGAAGCAGCGGCUGAGCCUGGCCCGGGCUGUGUACAGGAAGGCUGCUGUGUACCUGCUGGAUGACCCCCUGGCAGCCCUGGAUGCCCAUGUCGGCCAGCAUGUCUUCAAACAGGUCAUCGGGCCUGAUGGGCUGCUCCAGGGAACGACACGGAUUCUCGUCACCCACGCGCUCCACGUCCUGCCCCAGGCUGAUUGGAUCGUGGUGCUGGAAGAUGGGGCCAUUGCAGAGAUGGGUUCCUUCCAGGAGCUUCUGCACAGGAAGGGGACCCUGGCGGGCCUUCUGGAUGGAUCCAGACAGCCAGGAGAUGGAGGAGAAGGAGAAACAGAACCCCCGGCUGGUGCCAAGGACCGCAGAGGCUCUGCUGGAGGUGGGAGGCCUGAGGGUGCACCAGAGAGGUCCAUGAAGUUAAUCCCUGAGAAGGACAGCACCACUUCAGAAGCCCAGACAGGGGUUCCCCUAGAUGAUCCUGAGGGGGCAGGACAGCCAAAAGGAGAGGACAGCAUGCAAUACGGCAGGGUGAAGGCUACCAUGUACCUGACCUACCUACGAGCUGUGGGCACCCCGCUCUGCCUCCACGCACUUUUCCUCUUCCUCUGCCAGCAAGUGGCCUCCUUCUGCCGUGGCUACUGGCUGAGCCUGUGGGCAGACGACCCCACCGUGGAUGGACGGCAGACUCACGCAGCCCUGCGGGGCUGGGUCUUUGGGCUCCUGGGCUGCCUCCAAGCAAUCGGGCUCUUUGCCUCCAUGGCCACAGUGCUCCUAGGCGGGAUCCGGGCAUCCAGCCUGCUCUUCCGGGGGCUCCUGUGGGACGUAGCACAGUCUCCUAUUGGCUUCUUUGAGCGGACGCCCAUUGGGAACCUGCUGAACCGCUUCUCCAAAGAGACAGACAUAGUAGAUGUGGACAUCCCAGACAAAGCCCGGUCUCUGCUGAUGUACGCCUUCGGACUCCUGGAAGUUGGCCUGGUGGUGACAGUGGCCACCCCGCUGGCUGUCGUGGCCAUCCUGCCGCUGCUGCUCCUCUAUGCCGGGUUUCAGAGCCUGUAUGUGGCCAGCUCAUGCCAGCUCCGACGCCUGGAAUCAGCCAGGUACUCAUCCGUGUGUUCCCAUGUGGCCGAGACGUUCCAGGGUGGAGCAGUGGUCAGGGCCUUCCGGGUCCAGGGCCGCUUUGUGGCUCAGAACGACGCACACAUGGAUGAAAGCCAGAGAGUCAGUUUCCCGCGGCUGGUGGCUGACAGGUGGCUCGCUUCCAACCUGGAGCUCCUGGGGAACGGGCUGGUGUUUGCGGCCGCCCUGUGCGCAGUCCUGAGCAAGGCCCACCUCAGCCCCGGCCUUGUGGGCUUCUCUGUCUCGGCUGCCCUGCAGGUGACCCAGACGCUGCAGUGGGCUGUUCGCAGCUGGACAGACCUGGAGAGCAGCAUCGUGUCGGUGGAACGAUUGAAGGACUACGCCCAGACGCCCAAGGAGGCACCCUGGAGGCCGGCCACCUGUGCGGCCCGGCCCCCCUGGCCUCGUGGGGGGCAGAUCGAGUUCCGGGACUUUGGGCUGAGAUACCGACCCGAGCUCCCGCUGGCCGUGCGGGGAGUGUCCUUCAAGAUCCACGCAGGAGAGAAGGUGGGCAUUGUUGGCAGGACAGGGGCAGGAAAGUCCUCCCUGGCCGGGGGCCUGCUGCGGCUCCUAGAGGCGGCUGAGGGAGGGAUCUGGAUCGACGGGGUCCCCAUCGCCCAAGUGGGGCUGCACACACUUCGGUCCAGGAUCACCAUCAUCCCCCAGGACCCCAUCCUGUUCCCCGGCUCUCUGCGAAUGAACCUCGACAUGCUACAUGAGCACUCGGACGAAGCCAUCUGGGAGGCCCUGGAGACGGUGCAGCUCAGAGCCACGGUGGCCAGCCUGCCCGGCCAGCUGCACUACGAGUGUGCCGACCAAGGCGACAACCUGAGCCUAGGCCAGAAGCAGCUCCUGUGUCUGGCACGUGCCCUUCUCCGGAAAACCCAGAUCCUCAUCCUGGAUGAGGCCACGGCUGCUGUGGACCCGGGGACGGAGCGCCAGAUGCAGGCCGCCCUGGGGAGCUGGUUUGCGCAGUGCACGGUACUACUCAUCGCCCACCGCCUGCGCUCCGUGCUGGACUGUACCAGGGUGCUGGUCAUGGACGAGGGGCAGGUGGCAGAGAGCGGCAGCCCGGCCCAGCUGCUGGCCCAGAGGGGCCUGUUUUACAGGCUGGCACAGGAAUCAGGCCUGGUCUGAGCCCAGCCCCUGGAUCCUCCUCCCGCCCCACCAACCCAGAGAGUCUGCCAGGCCCUGGAGACACAGUGACCCGGGGUCGUCAGUGGCCCCGUGGAAUUGAGUCUAGACCCCUCUCUGCUCUCUGGGAGGAGAAAAUGCCUGAUCACCCCAGACCCAAGAGGACACAGCAACCCGCAGGUCAGCCUGAUCAGGGCUCAUCCAGCCCCCUCUACCCUGGAGCUAAAGUUGAUAGCAGCUCUCUGCCCUGUCUGGCCCCUGGACUCACCUGGGGACCCCAAAGAACUGCCUGUGCCCAGGCUCCACCACAGACCAAUGAAAUGAGAAUCCCUGGGGCUGGGGCUGGAACAAUGGUGUGUGUACCUUUUACAGAGUAACCUUUUAUUUUGAGAUGAUUGUAGAUUGACAAGCAGUAAAAAAUAAUCCAGAAAACUCCUUGUGUACCCUUUACUACUUUCCCCCCAAUAAUAACAUAUUUUUGUUUGAAGUAUAGUUGAUUGACAACGUGAUAAUUACUGCUGUACAGCAAAGUGAUUCAGUUAUACAUAUAUAUACAUUCUUUUUAAAAAUAUUCUUUUCCACUAUGGUUUAUCAUAGGAUAUGGAAUAUAGUUCCCUGUGCUCUACAGCAGGACAUUGUUGUUUAUCCAUUCCGUAUAUAAAAGCUUACAUCUGCUGACCCCAACCUCCCGCUCCAUCCCUCCCCCUUAGCAGAGUCUGUUCUCUAUGUCCAUGAUUCUGUUUCAUAGAUGGGUUCAUGUGUGUCAUACUUUAGAUUCCACAUAUAAGUGAUGCCAUAUGGUAUUUGUCUUUCUCUUUCUGACUUACUUCACUUAGUAUGGUAAUCUCUAGUUGCAUCCAUGUUGACGCAAAUGGCGUUAUUUCAUUCUUUGUUAUGGCUGAGUAGUAUUCCGUUGUAUGUAUGUACCACAUCUUUUUUUAUCCAUUUAUCUGUCAGUGGACAUUUAGGUUGUUUCCAUGUCUUGGCUAUUGUGAAUAGUGCUAUGAACAUAGGGGUACAUGUAUCUUUUUGAAUUAUAGUUUUGUCCAGAUAUAUGCUCAGGAGUGGGACUGCUGGAUCACAUGGUAAUUUUAUUUUGUUUUCUGAGGAACCUCCAUACUGUGUUCCACAGUGGCUGCACCAACUUACAUUCCCACCAACAGUGUAGGAAGGUUUCAUUUUCUCCAGACCCUCUCCAGCAUUUGUUAUUUGUAGACUUUUUAAUGAUGGCCAUUCUGACUGGUGUGAGGUGGUACCUUAUAGUUUUGAUUUGCAUUUCUCUAAUACUUAGCAAUGUUGAGCAUCUUUUCAUGUGCCUAUUGGCCAUCUGUAUUUCUUCUUUGGAGAAGAAAUUUUUGGAUUGGUUUGUUUGGAUUGGUUUGUUUCGGGUUUUUUUGUUGUUGAGUUGUAUGAGCUGUUUGUAUAUUUUGGAAAUUAAGCCCUUGUUGGUUGCAGCAUUUGCAAAUGUUUUCUCCAUUCUGCAGGUUGUCUUCUCAUUUUGCUUAUGGUUUCCUUUGCUGUGCAAAAGCUUGUAAAUUGAUUAGGUCCCAUUUGUUCAUUUUUGCUUUCAUUUCUAUUGUCUUGGGAGACUGACCUAAGAAAACAUAGGUACGAUUUAUGUCAGGGAACGUUUCGCCUAUGUUCUCUUCUAGAAGUUUUAUGGUGUCAUGUCUUAUGUUUAAGUCUUUAAGCCAUUUUGAGUUUAUUUUUGUACAUGGUGAGAGGAUGUGUUCUAACUUCAUUGAUUUUACAUGCAGCUGUCCAACUUUCCCAAUACCACUUGCUGAAGACACUAUUUUUCCCAUUGUAUACUCUGACCUCCUUUGUUGAAGAUUAAUCGGCUGUAGGUGUGUGGGUUUAUUUCUGGGCUCUCUAUUCUGUUCCAUUGAUCCAUAUGUCUGUUUUUGUGCCAGUACCAUAUUAUUUUGAUUACUGUAGGCUUGUACUAUUGUCUGAUGUCUGGGACAAUUAUGCCUCCUGCUUUGUUCUUUUUCUUCAGGAUUGCUUUGGCAAUUCUGGGUCUUUUAUGGUUUCAUAUGAAUUUGAGGAUAAUUUUUUUCUAGUUCUGUGAAAAAUGUCAUGGGUGAUUUGAUAGGGAUCACAUUAAAUCUACAGAUUGCUUUGGGUAGUAUGGCCAUUUGAACAAUAUUAAUUCUUCCAAUCCAAGAGCAUGGGAUAUCUUUCCAUUUCUUUGAAUCAUCUUUAAUUUCCUUUUAUGUUUUAUAGUUCUCAGCAUAUAAGUCUUUCACCUCUUUGGUGAGGUUUAUUUCUAAGUAUUU